AACGGAAGAGCACAAGAGCCACAGGAGAAACAUGGCGGCCCGCACAAGGCUGCCCUUGCUGCUCCGUAAAAACUUGCAUCCAUUCAGAAGUCAAAGGCUUGUCCACACCGAGGCUGUUGUUAAGGAGCCUGCUUAUCCCCCCAUAGUCGCCUCUCUCACGGCUAAAAGCAAGUCUGCGAGACUGCGACAAAUCGAGGAGCAAGUUAAAAAGAUAUGUGCCUCUCCCGUGGAAGAGAAGCUGUCACUCAUCACCCGCAUCCAGCGGAAGAAAUUUGUGGUAUAUCCACAGACUUUCGCAAGGAACGCAGACACAUGGUACCAGCACUUUACGAAGACCGCAUAUAUUCCUGGCCUGCCCGAGAAGUUCACUCUGGUCCAAGAGAAACCUGCAGAGUUGGAAGGCUCGCAGUCAUCCGUGGAUCAAGCAGUGACACUGGGAAUCGACGAUGAUGCGUUCGCGGACAUUCGCGCCUUGGUAACUCGCGUGAUUCUACACGAAAAUUGGCAUAUAAAGAAGACACGCAAACCUUUCUUGUUUAGACGCCAGGAUCAGUUGGUCGGACCUUUUCUGAAAAACCUGGUGGCUGAGCUCACUUACAGUUUGGCCAACUACAACCCACUACUACGCUUCUCCAGCCUGGACGUCAGUCCACAUGUGAACUUUUAUUGGAGGAGAGGACGAAGAAUCAUCCCAAAAGGGCACCGCAAAGGCCAUCUGGAGCCAUUCAGGUUCCAAAUUGAUGAUUGCCCACACAGCCAGAUCAGGAUAACGCAGCAGCUGCCACAGUUUACCACAUUGGAGGCGUCCUAUUCAGCUGAAGUACCAGAGGUCAAGUAUGCUCCAAACCUGAUGCCGUUGUUUAGAAGGCAGUACGACAACAGAAUCUUCACAGGUGCAAAGCUACCAGAUCCAGCCUGCUAUGGUCACACCCAGUUUCAUAUGGUGCCUGACCGAUACCACCGAGACCGCAUGGCUAUGCUGCAGCAGUCUGACCAGGUGGAGGUCUUCCUUAGAGCAAACGCGCUUGCCAGCCUUUUUGCCUGGACUGGGGCUCAGGCCAUGUAUCAGGGUUUCUGGAACCACGAGGAUGUGUCAAGACCCUUCGUCUCGCAGGCGGUGAUUACUGACGGCCACUUCUUCUCCUUCUUCUGCUACCAGCUCAACACAGUGGCUCUCUCCAUGGAAACAGAUGCCAACAACCCCAGGAAAAACCUCCUGUGGGGCACAGAGAGCCUGCGACUGUAUGAGAGUGUGCAGGAUGGAGAGGUGGUGGGUCUGAACGACAGCGUCAUCAAGCUGCUGGUUCAGUUCCUCAUGAAUCGGCCGUAGAUUUGAUGCUGCAGAGGAUGUGCAAGAAAUUGCCUUGAAUUUUUGUCUCCAGAGUUGUGAAAGGUGCAAGAUAUCAAGUGAAAGAGGCCGACAGAAGGGAGUUUUGUCAGAUUGUAUAAAGUGUAAUGUUUGUAAACGUUCAAAGUAAAAGAAUCUGGAUUAAGAUGUUUUAGCCUAAAACAGUACUGAAUAAAUACUGUACCCACAUCAUUUGUUACCUUGAA